AUGGGAAAGCUUGUACGACUAGUUCGUGGCAUUUGGGUGAAAGCCGAGACCGGAGAGUGGGAUUUUAAGUACGACCCUUCGGACCGAGGGUUCGGAGUGAUGAUAUGGGAAAAUGAGACUUUGGAGUCAUUGAUGGGAGUGGUUCGAACGAGGUACUUGCUGCUUCACACAACUCCGGUUGUUCUCACAUACCAGUACCCGGAGUGA